AUGCAAAAUGAUAAUGCUUAUUUAGUUAAGAGAAAAUUAGGAAAUGGCUCAUUCGGUUGUGUAUACUUAGUAUCUGACAUUAAAAGUAACCAAGAAUUUGCCUGCAAAAUUGUAAUUCAUAUGGUACUUAUUUUAGGUGUCUAAAUCUAUGCUGAGCAAAUAUUAGGCUGAGGGGAUGGUGAGGUAGGAGAUUCAAAUUCAAUCAAGCAUCAACCACAGAAAUGUAGUAAAAGUGUUUAAUUCAUUUGAAGAUACUAAAAACAUCUACAUUAUUUUAGAAUAUUGCAAGGAGGGUUAAUUACAAAUCCCUUCACAACCUUAUACAAAUAAGCAAUUAAUAUAAUUCCUCAAUCAAAUGCUCAGUGCUCUUGAUUCUAUUCAUCAAAUGAAUCUUGUGCAUAGGGAUAUCAAAGUAAGUAACAUCUCCCCAAUUCCAGUUAGACAACAUCCUUGUUCAUGAGGAUGGAUCAUACAAGCUUUCAGACUUUGGAUGGNCUAAUGAAUAAUAUAGAAAUGUUUGA